UAUGCUUUUUAAUAAAAGAAAAAGGAACUAAUAAAAUAUUAUUUUAGGUUAUUUACCUAAAAGAAAAAAAAGAAAGAAAAAAGAACCGAUGAACUAAAUAUUGACCGGCAGGGAGUCAAGGUCGGUAAAGCUUGAAAGCACCAGAGAGAGCUCAGAUUCACGAGAGUCUCUUUGGAGCAACCCUGCUUUGCGCUGCCGUCGUCGGAUCUAUCAUCUCCUCUCCUUUUCCGGUUUAGGUACGUUUUUUAAAAGGGUAGAUCCCUUUUUAAUUUUUGAUUUUAUUCUUUAUCUGGGGAUUUCAAUUCAACAAGCCAUGAAUUCUAAUUUCGGGAAGAAUUUCGACUUUGAUCUGGGACUCGGAUCUUCUGGCUCCAAAUCACUCAACGAUCAGAAAAACAAAACCCCAUCCUAUUCAUCUUACACUCCCUCUGCUUCCUCCUACUCUUCUACCCCCACGAGGCCCGCCUGGCAGCCUAACAAGCCCUCCUGGACGCAUCAGCCCGCCAUGAAUCAGGCUGCUCGUCCUAACUUGUCCAAUUCCCCUGCUUCCAUGGUUGGUGAUAUAUUUGGGAAGACCUGGGGUUCCAAGGCAACUUCCGCUUCCACGACGGGUAUUGGAAUUGCUGAAAAGAAUCCGAAUCUGUUCGGCGAUUUGGUCGGUUCUGCCUUGGGAUCGGGUAAGAGCAAUUCUAAUACUCCAUUGAAGAAUGUGGGUCCGGCUUCGGUGUCUUCCGGUGCCGCAUUGAAUAGAAAUUCGUUUUCGAUGGGAAAUAUGAACGAUUCCUUGCCUAAAUCCAGUAGUAAUCCGAGUAAAAAUAGUGGAAAUUGGAGUUUUGAGAAUCUUAGCAAUUACAAUAACGGGAAAAGUAAUCAGAGUAAUACCACCAAUAUCAAGACUCCCAAUCUCGGAGGUCCAAGCAUGAGUUCAACCAUCGGCGGUGGUAAGACAAGCUCUACCAAAGAUCCCUUUGGUUCUUUAGUUGACUUUGGAUCUAAAUCAUCUGGGAAUCUGAAUUCAACUACUAAGAAUCAAAAUAUCAAAUCAAGCGAGGACUCAUUUGGGGAUUUCCAGAAUGCUUCUAAUCCAAGCGCUACGACAUUUCCUUCAAGCAGAUCAAGCACCAAUGGAGUUGAUUUCAAGGGAUCGAGUUUUAAUUCUGGCAUAAACAUGGGUGAUUUUGGAAUGCCUACCAAUUUUCAUUCCAAGGUUCAAGAUACUGUUCAGACCACAGCCAGUGAUCCACUUGAUAUGUUGUUUAGCUCAUCCAAAGCCCCAGCUGAAGGUCCUCCCUUGGCAUCUGGCACACCUGGAGCAUCCCAAUCAUUGGAUGCCGAUGAUUGGGGAUUGGAUUCGGACUUUGGGGGAGGUGGUCAUGACGUGGGUGGUUCAACAACUGAGAUUGAAGGACUUCCACCACCUCCCGCAGGGGUGACAGCUUCUUCUGCAAAGAACAAGGGAGUUGAUGUCUACAGGCAGGGGCAAUAUGCCGAUGCUAUUAAGUGGCUUUCUUGGGCUGUCAUUCUUUUUGAGAAAACUGGUAACAGUGCUGCCAUAGUUGAAGUUUUGUCGACCCGAGCUUCGUGCUACAAAGAAGUUGGGGAAUAUAAGAAAGCUGUGGUUGAUUGUACAAUGGUAUUGGAUCAGGACGAUGCAAAUGUUGCUGUUCUCGUUCAGCGUGCACUUCUAUAUGAAAGUAUGGAGAAGUACAAACUUGGAGCCGAAGACCUGAGGGCUGUCCUGAAGAUCGAUCCAGGUAACAGAGUUGCAAGAAGCACAAUUCACCGGUUGACUAAGAUGGCAGAGUAAAGGAGAUUUGAUCUUGGUGGUUGGUAGCUUGGUGGUCAUUGGAGGUCUUCAAUGAACAAGAACUAUUGAGGAUCUAAAAUCUGAAACAAAGACUUUUAUCAACUGCAAGACCAAAUCUCCCAAACAAGGUUAUAACUACAUUAACCUUAACCCAUCAAAUAGUCAGGUUUUCUUUUCAUGUAUAAUGUAUAUGGGGAUACAUAAGAUGGCUAAUGGCUUUAUGCUCUUAUUUUAAACAAAGGCAUCAGCCAUCUUAUUUAAUUUAUUCAAGGAAAAGAAAAAACAAAGUGAGGAGAAUGGAUUCUUCUUUAGUCUAUUCCAGCCAAGGUUCUCCUUUGAUAGAAGGAAUAUUGUUUCUUUUGAUUCAAGUGAAGGACAUUUCACUUGAACUUGAAUUUUUUGAGGUAUUUUUUGAGAUAGAGGUGGAAACUAAGGAUUUGGUUAGGACAUCAAAUUGUGUUUCUUAUUGCUUUUUCUUUCUCUUGGUUGUCGAUUUCUAUAGCACAAGUAUUUUAACUUUA